AUUCGAGAUCGAACCUCCACGCCACAGAUGGCGAACCUACGUUUUCAGUACUGGGAGGACUUCGUUCAGGCCUUAACUGGUUCUCAGAAUCUGACGAGUGGCAUGGUACAACGCUCGCCCAUCGAGGCAGAGCUCGACUGGGCGCGCAACCGUCCCGUUGAUGUAGCGUUCCGUGACUGCUCAGAAUUGGAAGGGUACGCAGAGGCAACCAACGCGCCCAUUCACUACGCUCUCGCUGAGGCCUUCGGUGUGUCCUCAUUGACUUUUAUGCUGGUCGUAUUCUCCUUAACUAAGCAUGCGGUUUGUGUCACAAUCAUUCUUCUAAACUCAGAUGUGGUAGCUCUUUGA